AUGGAAGUAUCAUCCUCAUCACGUUUAGUACAUGAAGAGGAAAGAGCCAUUGCAAACACUAUCUUCUGUUUGAUCAAGAAACUUGAAGUUGCCACUAUCAAUGAAAGCCAGGAGAGUGAAGAACAGAUGCAUAUGCCUUCUGAGGAAAUUACUGAUGUCGAAUCAGUUUAUGAGCCUUUUACUUAUGAUUUAGCUAAUGACUAUGCAUCACUUCAGAAGGCCCAAGGGCAAGAAGUAUCUCGUUAUCAGAAAUAUUAUGAACAACAAGGACCAAAAGAAUUAGAAGAAGUAGAGUGUGAUGUUGAUGUGAGAAGUCGUGCUGAAGUAGCUAAGGUUAGGGAAGUUGAGUCAAAUGGUGAGAUGUUAAAUGAUGCUGAGGAAGCGGCAGUUGAUGAUAGUGAUGAUAUGGAUUAUAGAAGUGAGAUAAGAGUAUUUGUUGCGAUUAAGAAUGAUGCAGAUGUAGUUAUGGAGGAGGAGGGUAGUAGUGUUAGAGAAAAUAAUCAUUCAGUACAAGAGGAUGAGGCUGCAGUCACGUGGGUUAAUAUAUCACCAGUAAUCGAGGGGAUAGACAGGGAUGACAUUAAUCUUGCGAAUGAAGAGAAGGAAAAUUACCAUGAUAUAAUUUGACAGAUGAGGCGAUUAAGGGGACAAAUUCAAGAGGAGAAGACCAGCAGAAAGAGACGAGAAGACAACUAUUGAAGAUUACAACAGUGAUUCGUUGCUUUGCGUAUCUGUUGAGAUCUCUUGCAAAAUACUUUUGCAUGAAAUCUCGAGGGGUGUGUGUAAUGUAACGGACUACUGAAGAGCGCGAUACCACCCUUAUAGUCGCAUCUGUAUGUAGUAUUUAAUUUUGCCCAAAUCAUUUUUAUUAUAUUAUUCUAUAAUGUGAACUUUAUUUGUUUAUUUCUGGAGAAUAUGUUGGCACCAGUGUGAGCCAGACAUUCGUGUGUGAAAGGUAGAGAGUCAGACAUUGUUAAGGUGACUGUUGGUGUGAGUUAGUUGGAAUGUUGUGGGGAGAGCGUGGUUUUGUGAGGCGGACUGUUGAUGGGAGUACGGAAGGAAGUCUGUGGUCUUCUAUAGAGAGUUUCAUAAAUAGUAUGUGAUAUGAAGAUGGAAAUUAUUGUGAAAAAGUUAAA